AUGACCAAGGACAUGACUUUGCGCGCCAACGAUACAAGGAAAUUGCUCGAAAUGACUUUGCUUUUGGCUUUAAGACCUGCCUUCAUGGAAAUCGGACCGGUCAAGGAUCGGUAUCUUGACCUUCGCAUCAUCCAGUCACGCGACGUCCGUGGUAUCUCAAUACCUGGAACUCUUUUUGGUCAAUCCGUUACCACGGCCUCUGAGUCGUGCCCAGGGAGAUCUGAAGAAUCCGUACUCCUCCGCUGGAUAAUAAGUCAGGACAAGCGACAACAUCAACUUGCUGGGCUGUCUCGCUGUGGCACGCGUCGCGAAGCGGGGUACCACGAGGAGGUCAGAACUUCUGGGUCUGUUCAGGCCAAUAGUCUCAUUCCCUUCUUGGCAGCAAAUUCAUCUGCGGAACAGGCACGCAUAGAUUCUUCCUUUAAUGUCGGCGACUUGACUUGCAGGAGCAAUGGAUUCUGUCAACUUGACGUGUUUCCGCACUAUACGCUAAUCUCUCUCGAGGAUCCUGCCUCAUACACACCUCGGGCAUCCAACCAUCUGUUCGAUUGUGCGGUAUUCCCUAAACCUCGGCAAACAGUGGACAGGGGUAUAGGUCAACGCAAGUUCAACAGAUAUCUCCAUCCACUAUUCGGCCCCGUCCUCUUUGUCGAAGUGACUCAAGAAGUCCUCGUGGCAAUUCAAAUCAACGAGGCCCGACUUGGCUCCGGUCACGCAUGCGUACAGCCAUGUCUUCCCUCAACUGCUGUAUCCCUCACGCUUCUUCUCCGAUUUGAGCGUGAGGGCGGUCAUCCUUCCCAUCAAGGCCUGCUCUCACCUACUCCAGUCACCAGGGGGAACCUGAAACAUGAGAGCGGAGAUACCCCUAGGAAGUGUGUGGGAUUAGGAAAACUUCUCCAAUCUAAAGGCUUCUAA